UGUCGUCAAAACGCCAAAGACCGACUGCACAGUUGCACAAUAAAAGUGUUGCUUCAUCCUGCCUGCCUUACAAAAUAAGAGUCUCAGAAAGCUGGCGUGCACAAGCUAGCAAGCUACGGAGUUUGCCGACAAUGUAUUUCUUGUAAAGUGUAUACAAAGGAGUAUGGAAGCUGGACGAAUAGAUGGCAAAAACCAACCACUUUCAUGUGGUAUUGGACAGAAAGGAGGACUUUUUUUCUCCUCCAUUCGAAAAUGCGGACAUUAUCGGCACCACUGUCUGAUUCCAAUCUAUGCAAGUCAUCAGAAUCAGGGUAUUAGCGCCUCUGUUGCUUGGAGUUGGAGGAUUCCGUCCCCUUUUUAGUCCUCCUGUGAGUCCAGCUGGAGUUCUGUCCUCUUCUUCUGGCCAUGGAGCGAGGACCGGUGUUAUACCUUUUGACCUUCUACUGCAGCAUAGUUGCAGCCUUGGAGAAGGCCCAGAUGUUCCCCUACGGCACUUUAAGUGGAGAUUCCCUUUUGGAAGAAGGGGACGAUGAAACCUCCAAAGUCUUAUCUUUGCCUAAACCCUUCUACUUCUACGAUACCCCCUUCUCUCAGCUUUAUGUGGCCACCAACGGAAUCAUCUCAGCUCAGGACCUGCCGAUGGAGAAGCAGUACGUGGAUGACUCCUUCCCCACAGACUUCCCAGUGGUGGCGCCGUUUCUGGCCGACAUGGACACCAGCGGAGGACGAGGACAGAUUUACUAUCGGGUGACUGAAACCCCGAGCAUCCUCAACCGAGUUGCCCAGGAAGUCCAUCGAGGUUUCCCGGAUGCCAAAUUCACACCCAACUACGCAGUGGUGGCGACUUGGGAAAACGUAGCUGCCUACAACGAGCCCACUCGAACCAACGGAGGCACUUCCAAUGAGGUCAACACCUUCCAGGCUGUGAUAGGAUAUGAUGAAAUCGACUCGUACGUUCUCUUCCUCUACCCGGAGGGUGGCCUGAACUUCUUUGGGACGAGACCCAAGGAGUCAUAUAAUGUGGAGAUCGAGCUUCCUGCUCGAGUCGGAUUCAGCAGAGGCGAAGUAACGUAUCUGAUUUUUUCCCGAACCGAGGGACCUCACUACAGCGUGACCGGCGAUCAGCAGAGUAUCAAACGUCUCUACCAGGCUGGCAACACGGGAACUCCAGGCGUUUGGCUUUUCCACACCGGGAACUACUAUUCUUUUGAAAACAUCGUGCCUGCGUCUAGUAGUGGUCUCCUUUCUACAUUGCCACCAAGAGAACAUGCCUUGCCCCUGGACACCACCACACCCGAGUACAGCGACUUUGAAGAGUACACAGACAGCAGUAACUUUGACCCUGCUAACGAAGAGGAAGAGGAGGAUUACCCUCUGACUGGUGAAGAUCUGGAAUUCCAGCCAGAGCUCGCUAAUGAAUCCCUUCAGCCAAGAAGUUCGAACCCUCCUUCGUCAGCGUCCGAGGACUCGGCUCGACAGGCCUCACAUAGGGGCCAAGACUUACCUUUGACCUCUGAACCCAGACACAGUUCAGAGAGUGUCGAAAGCCAGUACCUUCCUCAUCCUCGUAGAGAUAUGAUCCCAGAUGGAGGGGAUCAGCGGUCGCAUGGGCAGAAACCUCAGGUUCCUGUGGAGGUGGUAGACCUGUACCCCUCUCACAGAAACCAGCCCCCACUUUCCCCUGGGGGUCAUGUUGUCAGUGUGGACGAAGAUGACAUUGACUUUGACACAGGAGUGAUCCAGUACACCACUGAGAACAAGGAAACAUGUGCCAGGUUCCAGCAGCAGUGUUCCCAGAAUGCAUUUUGUUCUGACUACGCUACAGGCUUCUGCUGUCACUGUCAACCUGGAUUUUACGGAAAUGGCCGUCAUUGUCUGCCCAAGGCGGCCCCCCAACGUGUCAGUGGCAAGCUCAGCGGGACGGUGAUAGUGGGUAUGACCCCCGUGGAGCUCAACCAAAUCGAUCUCCACGCUUACAUCGUGGUGGGAGACGGGAGGGCGUACACAGCCGUCAGCGAGAUCCCUGAGCCAGUGGGUUGGGCCUUGAUGCCGGCUGCACCAAUUGGAGAGCUGUUUGGAUGGCUGUUUGCUCUGGAGCUGCCCAAUAGCCAAGCCGGAUUCAAAACUACAGGAGCGGAGUUCACGCGUCAUGUGGAGCUCAUCUUCUACCCUGGAAAUCAGCGACUGUCAAUCACUCAGACAGGACGAGGCCUCGAUGACCACAACCACCUCACCGUGGACACCAAGCUCAACGGCAGCGUGCCGUUCUUAUCGCCUGGUGCAGAAGUGACUAUGGACCCCUUUAAGGAGACCUACCAUUACUACCCAUCAGUUGCCACGUCGACUUCUGUGAGGGAGUUUACGGUGGUCUCGCCGGACAAAGGAUCUGAAUCCUUCUCCUUCCAGAUGAAGCAAAACAUCACCUACAGGGACUGUCGACAUGACAGCCGGGCUCCCCCUGUGGAGACCCUGCAGAUUACCAUGGAGAGAGUGUUUGUCAUGUAUGUAAAGGAGGAGCGCAUCCUGAGAUACGCCAUCACGAACAAGAUCAGCCCAGUCGGAGCGGGGCCGACGGGACCAGAGGUGCGUCACCCCUGCUAUGAUGGAAGCCAUGACUGUGACACCACGGCACAGUGCAUUCCACUGGAGGGCCAAGCUUUCCAGUGCCGAUGUGCAACUGGUUACAAAGGGGACGGACACAACUGCUACGAUGUGGACGAGUGUGCUGAGGGUUCGGCGACAUGCGGCGCACAUUCUCAGUGCAUCAACCUGCCAGGUAGCCAUCGCUGCCAGUGCCAGAGUGGCUAUGAAUUUGGCUUUGACGGACGCACAUGUGUGGACGUGGACGAGUGCCGCACUUCUCCAUGCCACACCAAUGCCAGAUGCACCAACAGCUUAGGUUCCUUCUACUGUGACUGCCAGACAGGCUUUUAUGGAGACGGCUUUCUUUGCUCCCAGCAGGAAGAGGAACUAGAACGUCCUAAAAGCCACUGUGAGCAUCACAGAGACAGCGUGCAGACCACCAGUCCAGAAGGUUAUCCUCUGGUGGGAGCGUUUGUACCUGAGUGUGAUGCUAAUGGGCAAUACACAACUCAACAGUGUCAUGGUUCCAGUGGACAUUGUUGGUGUGUGGACAGUCAAGGGAAAGAAAGACCAGGAACCAGAACUCCACCUGGUACAACACCAACAGAUUGUGACAAACCAGAACGUCCGAAAAGCCAUUGUGAGCAUCACAGAGACAGAGUCCAGACCACCAGUCCAGAAGGUUAUCCUCUUGUUGGAGCUUUUGUACCUGAAUGUGAUGCUAGCGGACAAUACACACCUCAACAGUGUCAUGGUUCCAGUGGACAUUGUUGGUGUGUGGACAGUCAAGGACAAGAAAGACCUGGAUCCAGAACUCCUCCUGGUACAACACCAACGGAUUGUGACGAAGCAGAGAAACCACAACGUCCUAAAAGCCAUUGCGAGCAUUACAGAGACAGUGUGCAGACCACCAGUCCAGAAGGUUAUCCUCUGGUGGGAGCUUUUGUACCUGAAUGUGAUGCUAAUGGACAAUACACACCUCAACAGUGUCAUGGUUCCAGUGGACAUUGUUGGUGUGUGGACAGUCAAGGACAAGAAAGAUCAGGAACCAGAACUCCACCGGGUACAACACCAACGGAUUGUGAUAAACCAGAACGUCCUAAAACCCACUGUGAGCAUCACAGAGACCGAGUCCAGACCACCAGUCCAGAAGGUUAUCCUCUAGUGGGAGCAUUUGUACCUGAAUGUGAUGCUAAUGGACAAUACACACCUCAACAGUGUCAUGGUUCCAGUGGACAUUGUUGGUGUGUGGACAGUCAAGGACAAGAAAGACCAGGAACCAGAACUCCACCUGGUACAACACCAACGGAUUGUGAUAAACCAGAACGUUCUAAAACCCACUGUGAGCAACACAGAGACCGAGUCCAGACCACCAGUCCAGAAGGUUAUCCUCUGGUGGGAGCUUUUCUACCUGAGUGUGAUGCUAAUGGACAAUACACACCUCAACAGUGUCAUGGUUCCAGUGGACAUUGUUGGUGUGUGGACAGUCAAGGACAAGAAAGAUCAGGAACCAGAACUCCACCUGGUACAACACCAAGGGAUUGCAAUAAACCAGAACGUCCUAAAACCCACUGUGAGCAUCACAGAGACCGAGUCCAGACCACCGGUCCAGAAGGUUAUCCUCUAGUGGGAGCAUUUCUACCUGAAUGUGAUGCUAAUGGACAAUACACACCUCAACAGUGCCAUGGUUCUACUGGAUAUUGUUGGUGUGUAGAUAAUAGAGGGCAGGAGAGAGAAGGAACCAGAACUCCAGCCGGCACAGCACCCAUAAACUGUGACACACUAGAUGGACCACAGGUCAAAACCCAGUGUGUGCACCAUCGUGACAGUGUGCAGACCACCGUUUCUCAGGACUCCUCUACAGUGGGAGGUUAUGUCCCUCAGUGUGAUGCUGAAGGGCAGUACACACCACUACAGUGCCAUGGUUCCACUGGGCAUUGUUGGUGUGUAGACAGCCAGGGACAGGAAAGACCAGGAACCAGGACUAGGCCUGGUGUACCACCCACAGACUGUGACAACUCAGAGGAAUCUGUACAUCCUAAAACCCACUGUGAGCAUCUAAGAGACAGAGUCCAGACCACCAGUCCAGAGGGUUAUCCUCUCGUGGGCGCUUUUGUACCUCAGUGUGAUGCUAAUGGACAAUACACACCUCAACAAUGUGAUGGCUCGACUGGACAUUGUUGGUGUGUGAACAGUCAAGGACAAGAAAGACCUGGAACCAGAACUCCUCCUAGUACAACACCAAUAGACUGUGAUAAACCAGAACACCCUAAAACCCACUGUGAGCAUCACAGAGACGGAGUCCAGACCACCAGUCCAGAAGGUUAUCCUAUAGUUGGAGCUUUUGUACCUGAAUGUGAUGCUAAUGGACAAUACACACCUCAACAGUGUCAUGGUUCCAGUGGACAUUGUUGGUGUGUGGACAGUCAAGGACAAGAAAGACCUGGAACUAGAACUCCACCUGGUACAACCUCUGUGAACUGUGAUAAACCAGAUGAACGUCCUAAAAGCCACUGUGAGCAUCACAGAGAUAGAAUCCAGACCACCAGUCUAGAAGGGUAUCCUCCAGUUGGAGAAUUUGUACCCCAAUGUGAUGCUACAGGACAAUACAGAACGCAACAAUGUCAUGGCUCAACUGGACAUUGUUGGUGUGUGGACAGUCAAGGACAAGAAAGACCAGGAACCAGAACUCCACCUGGUACAACACCAAUGAACUGUGAUAAACCACAACGUCCUAAAAGCCACUGUGAACAUCACAGAGACAGAGUCCAGACCACCAGUCCAGAAGGUUAUCCUCUAGUGGGAGCUUUUGUACCUCAGUGUGAUGCUAAUGGACAAUACACACCUCAACAGUGCCAUGGUUCCAGUGGACAUUGUUGGUGUGUGGACGGUCAAGGACAAGAAAGACCUGGAACCAGAACUCCACCUGGUACAACACCCACGGACUGUCAUAAACCAGAACGUCCUAAAAGCCACUGUGAGCAUCACAGAGACCGAGUCCAGACCACCAGUUCUGAAGGUUAUCCGCUGUUGGGAGCUUUUGUACCUCAAUGUGAUGUUAAUGGACAAUACAUACCUCUACAGUGUCAUAGCUCGACUGGACAUUGUUGGUGUGUGGACAGUCAAGGACAGGAAAGACCUGGAACCAGAACUUCUCCUGGUACAACACCAACAGACUGUGAUAAACCAGAUAAACGUCCUAAAACCCACUGUGAGCAUCACAGAGACGGAGUCCAGACCACCAGUCCUGAAGGUUAUCCUCUAGUGGGAGCAUUUGUACCUCAGUGUGAUGCUAAUGGACAAUACACACCUCAACAGUGUCAUGGUUCCAGUGGACAUUGUUGGUGUGUGGACAGUCAAGGACAAGAAAGACCAGGAACCAGAACUCCACCUGGUACAACACCAAUGGAUUGUGAUAAACCACGACAUCCUAAAAGCCACUGUGAGCAUCACAGAGACCGAGUCCAGACCACCAGUCCAGAAGGUUAUCCUCUUGUUGGAGCUUUUGUACCUGAAUGUGAUGCUAAUGGACAAUACACACCUCAACAGUGUCAUGGUUCCACCGGACAUUGUUGGUGCGUGGACAACAACGGUCAGGAGAUAACAGGAACUAGAACUCCACCGGCUAUUUCUCCAGUGGACUGUCACAGACAUGUCCACGUGUCUCCGACCCAGCGUCCCGAGAGUGUGUGCGAGCGAUGGAGGACCAGCUUAAUGGAGCACUAUGGUGGGAAGCCAGAGCCUCAACAGUACCUUCCCCAGUGUGAGCCUGAAGGACAGUUCAGUUCGGUCCAGUGCUAUGGCGAGACCACCUACUGCUGGUGUGUGGACCAGGAUGGGCGAGAGGUUCCUGGCACCAGGUCACAUGAGGCCGUCAAACCUGCAUGCCUUCCCUCAGUGGCCCCACCCACUGUGCGUCCUUACCCCCGCCCAGAUGUGACUCCACCCCCUAACGGGGCGGUCACAUUACUUUACGCUCAGGGGCAGAAGAUAGGAGCACUUCCCCUCAACGGGACCAGACUGGAUGCAAGCCGCUCCAAAACAAUACUGACCCUACAUGGAUCCAUCGUGGUCGGUUUAUCCUACGACUGCAAAGAGAACAAAGUAUAUUGGACGGAUUUGUCUGCACGCUCCAUUAAUAGAGCAGCAUUAUCACCAGGAGCUGAGCCAGAGAUACUCAUCAACUCAAAUCUGGUCAGUCCAGAAGGUUUGGCUGUGGAUGUAAAGCGAAGGCUGAUGUUCUGGGUGGAUUCUAACCCCGACCUGAUCGAAAGGUCCAACCUGGACGGCAGCGAUAGGAGGACGCUUUUUGACACCCAACUUGUCAACCCCCGGGCCAUCAUCGUGGUCUCGUCCACUGGUUCUCUAUACUGGACCGACUGGAAUCGAGAGGCUCCCAAGAUCGAGAGCUCGUCAGUGGACGGCCAGAACCGCCGGGUGGUCGUGACCGACGGGAUCGGUCUGCCCAACGCCUUGACCUUCGACUCGUCUUCAAGACAAAUCUGCUGGGCCGACGCAGGGACCAAGCAGCUGGAGUGUAUAUUCCCUGACGGCUCAGGGAGAAGAGUGAUCCACCCCAGUGUCAACUACCCUUUCAGUAUGGUUUACCACCACAACCACUUCUACUACACCGACUGGAGAAGGGACGGCGUGAUCGCUCUCAGCAAAGACGGCGGUAAACUCACAGAUGAAUACUUGCCAGAUCAGAGAUCUCACCUCUACGGGAUCGCCAUAGCAACGUCCCACUGUCUAUAAGGAAGGGCUAACAGCAGAGUAGCAGCCGUGCGGUCCUUUGGUGCUAAAAUUCUGGGACCGCUCCGAAUGGCGGACAUGAGGACCCUCUGGUGGUCCUUGGAGGAAAAGAAAGCUCCAGAAGGAACAACAUGGAUUCUUGUGAAGCAUCAAGAUAUAACCCCGCAUUAAAAGUUCUGUACAUUUGUUUUAUACCUCAAUUUAACAAUCUUUCUACUGUAUUUUUUCUCUGCAGUUUGUUGUUUUAGCCUUCUAAGCCAAACAAUAAAAUAGUUCACAUUUGUGUUGUGAAGAAAUAGUUUAAACUAGUAAUUACCACAUUUAAAAUGUUAUUACAGGUUAGACAAGUAUGCCAUUUAGCCUCACGUGAAGACAAGAAGCACCGAUCCAAACUGAGGAAUGUAAUCAGAUUACUAAGGCUGGCAAGAUUACAGCAGGUCGUUAACGUGUUCUUUUCUAUGUACCACAAAGCUUAUCUCAUUAUAACAAGAUGUGAUAUUUAUAACAAUAAAAUGUGA